AUGUCUACCGUUUUCACUUAUCAAGAAAUUGCUGAACACAACUCUCCAAAGGAUACCUGGAUCAUCAUCGAUGACAAAGUCUACGAUGUCUCCAAGUUUUUAGAUGAACAUCCAGGUGGUGAUGAAAUCAUCUUCGAUCAAGCCGGUAGAGAUGCUACUGAAUAUUUUGUAGAUAUCGGCCAUUCUGAUGAUGCUUUAAAAUUAUUAAAGAGUAAAUGUAUUGGUUCCGUCGAUGUCACCAGUGAGAAGGUUAUCUUCAAGCCAAGGGAGGAAGAAAAGACAGAAGGUAAUCAAGGUAAUGGUCAAUUAGCUAUUAUUGUUGCUAUUUUAUGUUUUAUUAUUGGUUACUAUUUCUUAAAUGAAUAG